UUGUGAAAGCUAUUGAGCAGGUGUACCUGAAAAGUUAUAAAGGGACAAACAAACAUUAUAAAUAGUAACAAAAAUAAGAGAGUUACAUUCACCUUUCUGUAAAGGUGGUCAAAGUUGUUCAAAGAGUUGUUGCAUUUCGUAAAAGAGCCAAUGGUCUUACCAUAGUAAACAAAGUGAAUUUGCAAAAUAAAAUUAGUGUGUUUAAAUUAUGUUCAGUCGGUUUCUAAUCAUCGACUUCUUAAUUUAAUUAAUUAAAAACAAACAACUAGGAAUGAGAACUGUGUUGAAAAUAGUUUUCCAACACUAUUCAUAAUCGAUAAAAAAUUUGAAGUAAUCAAUUUAAUUAAUUAAAAACUAGGAAGCGGUGAACUAAAUAUCAUUUCAACACUGGAAUCAAAAUUACAUUUCUUGGAUAGAAGUGCAUUACAUUGAAAGUCAUUUGCUCUUAUCAAUUGCGGACAAUAUCUUCGUUCAUACUUGAAUUCUACAAGCGACUGUGCGGAUUUCGUUGUUCGAAAGCAGGAAAAGUUAAUCAAAGGACCGAAAACCUGAAAAAAGGAAGAUAGUCAACCAGUCAAGGAUCGGCGAUGGACAACUCAUUUUCCAGCCUUUUUUCAAACGGGGCUGAUAGGGACUACAAAACAAUGACAGAGCAAGUUGGCAAAAAUCGGCAAAUAAGCCGCAAAAGUGUCGCGUUUCUCAGCCACCGCACAUCUUCUGGAUCACAGACCCAGGUGGCCAAUAGCCUGCUGGUCCUCGAGCGGCAGCAGUUGGAGCGAGAGCGAUACAUUGACCUCAUCCGCAAUCAGUGCUACACAAGCCCCGUGGUUAAGACAAAUCCAGUUUUGCAGCAAGGGAAGACUCCUCAAAUAUUUUCCAGCACCAAUUUAUCGUCCAUCGAUGAUUCCAUGGACCUCAAAUCUACUGAGAAUCUGACUCUUGCGAAUGUUAAUCCCGUCACGCCUUCUGAAUCAUCUGCCCAAGUGGAGGUCAUGAUUCAGGCCAUUCAUCAACACGUCAUCUUCAUCCGCAAACUAACCAGCAACAACCUCGUAGUCAAACCUAAUCAAUCUGCGCAGACCCCCAAGGGCGGUCAGAAUAACGGCGAGGUAAAGCAGCAAGUGAAUACCUCACCGGUCCACAAAAUGGCCCUGCAACGUCGACGGUUUACCAGCAGCAUGUUCUUGAAGGAUGACUACGUCGAAAACUUCAGGCAGCGGUCAGCGCAAAAGGACGUAGAUUCCAAAAAACUUCGGGAACGAGCAAUUCAGAAGGCUGAAAAGGUUAAAAAGAGACGUCUUGUCUUCGAACGCGGUUUGUACGAGAAAUUCUGCAUUGACCAAGAUAUCCCCAAGCCUACUACUACCUAUACUGCGAAUAACACGGUUGAAAAGGAAGAAAACGGGCUUAUUCCGAUGACCAAUGAGGACUUUAAGUAUUUGACUAAUUUAGCUGAGGGUGAUCCCCAGCAGGUGCUUGUGAACAAGUUCAACAUUAACAUCACUCGCAGCGAAAUCCAAAUCCUAGUUAAUGGCAGGUGGCUCAACGAUGUGGUAAUUAAUUUUUACAUGAACCUAUUGACCGAGCGCUCGGAGAAGUCGCGUCUCUUCUUGCCCAGUGUGUAUGCCAUGAACACCUUUUUUGUGCCACGCCUGCUGCAGAGUGGUCAUGCGGGCGUAAAGCGGUGGACACGGAAGGUAGAUAUUUUUAGCAAGGACAUCAUCCCGGUGCCUGUGCAUUACAACAACGUUCAUUGGGGCAUGGCCAUCAUCCAUAUGCGUAACAAAACUAUUCUGUACUACGAUUCGUUGGGUAAAGGCAACCAAAAAGUGCUGGACGCACUGGAGGAGUACCUGUGGAAUGAGUCGCUGGAUAAGCGCAACCAAUCUUUUGACACCCGCGACUUUCGAAUUAGUAAUGUGAAAGGUUUGCCGCGUCAGGGGAACAACAGUGACUGCGGCGUUUUCAGCUGCAUGUUCGCUGAGUACCUCACGCGGUAUGCUCCACUCACCUUCACACAGGAUAACGUAGACUACUUUCGAAAAAAGAUGGCCCUGGAGAUUGUCGACGGCAAGCUGUGGUUGUAGGCGCUUUAUUGAAAUUAGAAGAGAAUGCCACUAGAAGAUUAGGACAUCAUUAACGCAGAUACUAUAUUUUAGAUAAAGCGCUACCAAGUUACCAUGUUUUAAUGGUUCUUUAAUUAAAAAAAAAAAAACAAUUUGGAUUGUUGUGCUUUCCUUGGGGUUUCGAAAAGUUUUGGAGCUUGGUCACUUAAAUACUAAUAUUUUAUUUCCUUUUUACAU